ACUCUCGCGUCCAGGAAUCGCGGAUCGCACCGCCGCACGGACGGAGUGGCCAGAGCGGGGCGAGUGGGGCAGCGGACGACAAUGAUGGCCGCCACCAGCGAUGAACGGAGUGUUAUGGAGCCUGGGAAAACGAAUUCGGGGCAGAGCCAGCCCGUGGACCGACUGAAGCUGCUCUACCCGAUGGUGGACGAGGAGAAGACGCCGCUGCCGCGCUCCUGGAGCACCAAGGACAAGUACAGCUACAUAGGCCUGUCGCAAAACAAUCUCCGCGUUCACUACAAAGAGAGUCGGGGCCGUAUUGUUUUCCCAGGUUACGGCAAAACCCACAAAGACGCUGCCAGUGUUCGCACAACGCACUCGAUACCGGCCGCCUGCGGCCUGUACUACUUCGAGGUGAAGAUCGUGAGCAAAGGACGCGACGGCUACAUGGGCAUCGGCCUCUCGGCUUCAGGCGUCAACGUAAAUAGACUCCCUGGAUGGGAUAAGCAUUCAUACGGUUACCACGGUGAUGACGGCCACAGUUUCUGCUCAAGUGGCACUGGCCAACCCUACGGACCGACUUUCACCACCGGCGACGUGAUCGGCUGCGGCGUUAAUCUCGUGGACAACACCGCCUUCUACACGAAGAAUGGCCAUCACUUGGGCAUCGCCUUCACGGACCUUCCUCCCAAUCUCUUUCCGACCGUCGGUCUGCAGACUCCAGGCGAGGUAGUGGACGCAAACUUCGGACAGUUGCCGUUUGUCUUCGACAUCGGGGACAUGAUCAACGAACUGCGCGUACGAACGAGAUUACAGAUCAUAAACUAUCCCACGCCAGACCACGGCCAGGGGCAGUGGCAGGCGAUUCUUCACAGAAUGGUGUGUACGUAUCUCGUCCAUCAUGGGUAUCUCGACAGCGCCGAGGCAUUCGCCAGCAGUACCGGUCAGGUGUUCGAGGAGGAUUACAACUCGAUCAAAAAUCGACAGAGGGUUAUAAAGCUGAUACUUUCUGGUCGCAUCGGCGAAGCGAUAGACACGACCAAUCGGUUAUACCCUGGUCUCCUCGAUCGGGAUCCGGACCUGCUGUUUGCGCUCAAGUGCCGCCAGUUCGUCGAGAUGGUGAACGGCAGCGACUCGGAGGUCUGCCAGAACGGCAGUCCCAAUCAGACCAGUGUGAUACAGUCGACCAAAGCGUACGUGAAGUCCGCAAACCCAACCGGUACUGUGGAAGAGAUGAAUAUCAAUAAUACGAUAAACGGCACCAGUCCGCAAUUCGUCAACGGUCAGAUAGAGGACGAUGUGGACAUGGAGGAGAGCAACGUCACUGGAGUGAAUGGUAUCAAGAACAGUAACGGGUAUCAGAAUGGUAAUCUGGACUCGAAUGGGUACAAGUGUCAAAAUGGGGAGGAUGUAGAUAUGGAAAUCGACAACAGUGCCAAUCAGAGUCAACAGCAGAGCAGUAACAUCGCUGACACUGUGACCUGCACCAAAAGUAACAAGAAGCAAUUGUGCGGCGGGAACAAGCAGGCGAUCGAGAAGAUGUUGGAAUUUGGCAAACAAUUGUACUCGCAGUCGGUGUACCUGAGACAGCAGUACGGAAAGAAUGAGAGCAAUAAGAAGAUGCUGCAGGACGCUUUUAGUCUGUUGGCGUAUUCCAAUCCAUGGAAUUCUCCAGUUGGCUGGCAACUGAAUCCUCAGGAAAGAGAGACGGUCUGCGCAAGAUUGAACUCUGCUAUUCUUGAGUCUAGCAACUUAGCUCGUCGACCACCGUUGGAAGUUGCGGCGUCCCACGCCAGGGAGCUAGUUCGAUUGAUGUCGACUAAUGGCCUAGGGGCCUGCGGAUUUGCAGUAGUAGAUAAUAUUAUCCAAUAUUGACGGUGCCUACCUCUGCUGCCACGUCCGCCUCUUCUACCAGUGCGAGUAUGGUAUGGAAACUCCAUACAAAGAAAGAUUAAGGAUGCAGAGGCGGAACGUGGAGCAGAUUGUUCUGUUAACGCAGCAACAUCGCGAUGUCGCGUGCCUCUUCAGCUAGAGCAGCCGGAUUCAUCGGUGCCUUGGCUCGAUCUCACACCACAGACACGAACAUACAACAAGGUGAACGCUCAGACCUGCCAGCCAAAAUGACACCUCAAUGAAUUUUUAGCUUAAAUCGGAUGGACGGUCACUUUGGAUAACUACUACGCCGACCAAGAACGAGAAGCGGCAGUUCACGAUACUGAUCCCCCGUUCCCGGUGGCCGAUCGCACCACGCAUUUCACGUGGUCGACCCUGUUUUUUUUUUUGACGUUGUUGUAACUAUUUAUAUGCUUUUCUGUAUCCCUUUACCUUUUUUUUCUCCCCCUUUUUACUUUCUUUUGUUUUUGUAUCCGACGCCAGUUUACCUUCGUUUGCGAUCCACUCCGAUUUUAAAACACGGCUAGCGCGUUACCUGGAUGUAACCGCGCGGCGGUGUGUCGGGACGGAAUAUCAUCUCGUUAUUCCAACCGUAAUAACUCGCGCAUCGUUAAACCGGUCCCUGGACGGUCAAUAUUGUUGCACAACAUUCGAUAUUGUGCGUUUGAAGGCUUUAUUGAAGGCUUAAGUUUUUGAAUUGUCUGAAAGCGGCAUCAGUAAUAUUGUACAUAUUGUAUGACAAUAUUGAUCGUCGGCGGAACCGUUUUAGUUAGUAGCCGCAAGCAUUGUGCAAUAUGACGAUUCCACGACACGAGAGGAGAAUAACGAGCUUUCGACGAUUAGACGGAAGCCGAGGUCGUUUCACAAGUGCGAAAGUCGACGGCGAGUCUGACUGCGAGGCUGUCGUUCGUAUCGUCAUACGGUGAAGAUUCUCGCGUUAGCUCGCAUAGCGCGCGGCACAGCGGAGGGUAACGUGUAAUCAAAUUUAUUUGCAUUUAAGCGCGAGUUGUUUCUCAAGGCGUAUAUUCAACAACGGUAAAUCAAUCAAACAUCUGAUUAGAUUCGCUGAUGGUUACGGAGGGGAGGGGUAAUAAAUGACGCACUGUUAUACACUGCGUUCUAUUCGCUUCGAUUUAAAAAAAAAAAGAAUAAAAUUUAUCGCACGAGCCGAACUAAUCUUCCGCAGACGUUUAACAAUUCUACUUAAUUUUUCACUUAACGCAUCCUAACGACAAAAAAAUACAUUUUCUCUUCCUUGAUAUUUUGACGAAUCGGCGCGAAGAUUUUUCUCUUGUAUCUUGAUUUUCGUAUAUUAUUCUGGGAGCGGCGGAAGCAUGUUCAUUUUAGAGAUGGAUGACGUCUUACGUUUAUAUAAAUAGUUGCGAAAAACAAAAAAUCUGUAAACUUAACUAAGGAACGAUCUUGUACUCUAUAUUAAGUAAUUGUUUUUUAUAUGCGACAUAGUAUAUUAUUAUAUUAUAUAUAUUAUUAAAGAAGAAAAAGAAGAAAUCACAAAUAAGAAAAAAUCAUAUGCAGCUAGGCGUAAGCGUGCGUUUAAAUACAAUAAUUUACUAUAUAUACAAGAAAAAUCAUAUUAAUUAAAAAUAGAAUUACUCGAAUUAAAUGAUUUUUAGUGUUAUUGUUUUAUGUACUAUAGAUAGAGCUAUAAUAUGAAUAUGUGCGAAUACAGCAAUGAUUUGGCCAAGAUGGUUUAUAAGUCAUUUUGUUUCGUCGCACAUGUUGUUGUUAUCGCGAUUAUCCCGUCAGGAUCUUCGUGUAAAUUCACCUGAAAAGUGGAAAAAAAAAGAAACCUAUUGUACAAGCCGAUCGAAAUUGAUUUUUGGGACUGAUCGCCAUUGUUAUUUCGAGAUUUGCUAGAGCACUCGUUCUGUUAAUCAAAUGCGACCGGCGAUACAAUUCGACGACGAAACCUGCUCAUUCUUUGUAUCAUCGUGAUCUGCUCAGUAGGAUCGCCGGCGUCCUUGUCCCUGGAUAAAAAAAAAAAGAAACUUUUUGUUCGCACCCCCUCCAAUCAUUGGCUCCCGAAUGUCGUUUUGCCCCUUGCCUGCCUUUCUAAGUCUUUCGACGAUAUUUUCAAAGUGCAUAUAUUUUAGGUAAUAAAGAACAAUUGUAAUA